CCGUCGCGUGUUCUCGAGUUCCACCGCCAUUGCCGUUCGUUUCGAACUCCGAUGCGAGCUUCGUGGUUUUCGAAUUGUGUCUCUUCGUUGCACCCACAUGAAUCAUGAUCUCUCGACCAAUGCGCCGUCGCGUUGCAGUGCUCCGCCGCACGACAAGGAGUGAAAUUGAUGAGUCUCCUUCCUCCUCGGUAUCGCUCCGUCUUCGACGCGCUCGUCACGUACACCCAGCAGAAGGACCUCCGAAGCGGGACAUCCCUCCACGCCCAGCUCAUCAGGAGCGGCGCCUCCACCGUCACUUACCUCGCUAAUGGCCUGAUCAACUUCUACGCCAAGUGCGGUCGGUUGGACAGGGCCGAGCUCGUUUUCGACGGCGUGGCCGACAGGGACGUCGUCUCGUGGAACUGCCUCAUCAAUGGGUACUCUCGGAAGGGACCCAGUGGGUCGUUCCUCGUGAUGGGGCUGCUGCUGCGCAUGCGGGAAGAGAAUGUCUUGCCCAACGCCCACACCUUCGCCGGCGUUUUCACCGCCGCUUCGAAUGUUGUCGAUGUCUCCGGUGGCAGGCAGGCGCAUGCGUUGGCUAUUAAGACCGCGAGCUUUGGCGAUGUCUUUGUCGGGAGCUCUCUGCUGAAUAUGUAUUGCAAGGCGGGGCUCGUGGGUGAUGCACGCAAGGUGUUUGAUAGAAUGCACGAGAGGAACUCGGUUUCUUGGGCCACGAUGGUUUCUGGGUACGCCUCACUGCGUAUGGCUGCUGAGGCUGCUGGGCUGUUUCUGUUGAUGCGUGAGGAAGGGGAAGAUCAAAAUGAGUUUGUUUUCACUAGUGUUCUUAGUGCUUUGACAGUUCCUGAAACUGUUGACUGUGGUAGGCAAAUUCAUUGUCUUGCUGCUAAAAUGGGUUUGCUGUCAUUCGCAUCUGUUUGGAACGCUCUUGUGACAAUGUAUGCGAAAUGUGGUGGCUUAGAGGAUGCACUUCAGGCAUUUGAAUUUUCUACUGCUAAGAAUUCGAUCACGUGGUCUGCGAUGAUUACUGGUUAUGCACAAAGUGGUGAAUCUCACAAGGCCUUGAAGUUAUUUUCUAGCAUGCAUUUUUCUGGGGUUGGCCCUAGCGAAUUCACUCUUGUUGGUGUUAUCAAUGCUUGUAGUGACAUUGGUGCUGUCAAAGAAGGAAGACAGGCCCAUUGCUAUUGCGUAAAACUAGGAUUCGAGGAGCAGAUAUAUAUCAUGACAGCUUUGGUUGACAUGUAUGCAAAAUGCGGCAGCAUUGAUGAUGCUAGGAAAGGAUUUGAUUAUCUUCAAGAACCCGAUGUUGUCCUGUGGACGUCCAUGAUUGGAGGGUAUGCACAAAAUGGGGAAAACGAAAGUGCUUUGUGUUUAUAUUGUAGAAUGCAGAGUGAAGGGAUCGCUGCUAAUGAGCUAACCAUGGCUAGUGUUUUAAAAGCUUGCGCAAGCCUUGCUGCUUUGGAGCAAGGCAAGCAAAUCCAUGCCGGAAUUAUUAAGCAAGGCUUGGGUCUCAAAGUUCCCAUUGGAAGUGCUCUGUCAAGUAUGUAUGCAAAGUGUGGAAGCCUUGAAGAUGGGAACCUUGUUUUUAGGAGGAUGCCGUCCCGGGAUGUAUUGUCAUGGAACGCAAUGAUAUCAGGGCUUUCUCAAAAUGGCUUGGGCAGCGCAGCCCUUGAACUCUUUGAGGAAAUGCGGAUGGAAGGUGUAAAGCCCGACUAUGUAACGUUUGUGAACGUUCUCUCUGCCUGUAGCCACAUGGGACUGGUAGAUAGAGGUUGGGCUUACUACAAGAUGAUGUCCGAUGAAUUUGGCAUAGAGCCAAGAGUAGAGCACUAUGCUUGCAUGGUUGAUCUCUUGAGCCGUGCUGGGAAGCUCAAUGAAGCCAAAGACUUCAUCGAAUCAGCAACUGUCGAUCACGGUUUAUGUUUAUGGCGGAUAUUACUAGGUGCCUGUCGGAACCACCAUGACUACGAGUUGGGAGCGUACGCUGGAGAGAAGCUAAUGGAGUUAGGAUCGCCAGAGUCAUCCGCCUACGUGCUGCUGUCUAGCAUCUAUACCGCCUUGGGCAAGAGGGAUGAUGUGGAACGGGUUAGGAGGUUGAUGAAAGCUCAGGGGGUAUGUAAAGAGCCCGGAUGUAGCUGGAUCGAGCUGAAGAGCGGGGUUCACGUGUUUGUUGUCGGUGACCAGAUGCACCCGCAGAUACAGGAAAUACGCUCGGAAUUGCGAAUUAUAAGCAAGCAAAUGAAGGAUGAAGGUUAUCAACCAGCCCCCGAUUCGUUAAAACCGAUCGUUUCAUGUUCAGACGACGAGGAGAUGAUGGGGGAGAUGUGCUUCGCGUAGUUGGUACCCCACGCUAAUCCCAUCUUACACUGAGAAAAACUGUUGUAGUUUCUAUUUUUCUUGAUUGAAUCAGAGAUCCUCUUGUAACAACAAUUUGGAAAAAAAAAAAACAUCUGAUUCCAUCCUGAUCCAUGGCGCGUGUCGUGUACAAAUUCUGUGAAACUUUGGUUUCUUUAAGUUGGGGGCAGGGCAAGGGAUGAAUUCCUACAGUCCAUAUCAGAACACUAGGUUGAGAGUUCUCCUCCUUAAUAA